GUGCAUCGUCCAGAAACAUACAUCUCUUUUCCAUAAAAUAAAUGUGUGCUUUUUCCAACUAGUUUUUAUUGUGAAGAUGUUGCAUGGGAAAACAGAAUCCUACGAAUUACUUAAUUAUUACUUAAUAAUUACUUCACUUUUGUUUUGAGGCGACCUCGGUCUCGAACAGAGCGGGGCACCUGUCUCACGUCCGGGAGGCAGCCCGGUUCCAAAUCGAAUGCAAUCAACUUUCAGCCGGUGCAAAACACGCUUCAACGGGCGCACUGGCGAGAUUAAUCGAACCCCUCACUCUCCCCGCGCUUUUAACAACAUGUUGUGAUGGUGGUAGGAUGUUAAGCUAGCUACUCUAAUUAUGUAAGUGUCCCAUUUAAGCAGCUAUUUGUGUUACUUCUGAUAAUAUUCACAAUCUGAAUCAAAGCUAACAGUAUGUCCGGGGUGAUUCGGAGACUCGAUGAGACCGUUGUUAAUCGGAUUGCUGCAGGAGAAGUUAUCCAACGUCCUGCAAAUGCUAUCAAAGAAUUGCUUGAAAACUGUUUAGAUGCCAAGUCCACCAACAUACAGGUGACUGUGAAGGAGGGGGGUCUGAAACUUAUCCAGAUACAAGACAAUGGCACUGGCAUCAGGAAAGAAGAUAUGGAAAUAGUAUGUGAACGGUUUACAACAAGCAAGCUCCAGACUUUUGAGGACCUCAACGCCAUCUCGACCUAUGGUUUCCGAGGAGAGGCACUUGCCAGUAUAAGCCAUGUUGCCCAUGUGACCAUAACAACCAAAACGGCUGACGCCAAGUGUGCUUACAGAGCCACCUACUGCGAUGGGAAACUAAAGACCCAGCCCAAACCCUGCGCUGGAAACCAGGGGACACAGAUCACUGCGGAGGAUCUGUUCUAUAACGUGUCCACCAGGAGGAAAGCACUGAAGAGCCCCAGUGAGGAGUACUCCAGGAUUGUGGAGGUGGUGAGCAGGUAUGCCAUACACAACUCUGGGAAAAGCUUUGCUGUCAAAAAGCAAGGCGAGACCAUGGCAGAUGUCAGGACCCUACCCAACGCCUCCAUACUGGAUAAUAUCCGUGUGGUGUUCGGCAAUACAGUCAGCAGGGAGCUGAUUGAAGUGGGCUGUGAGGAUCAGAAGCUUGCCUAUAAGCUGAAGGGCCACAUCUCCAACGCCAACUACUCAGUGAAGAAGUGCAUCCUCAUCCUCUUCAUCAAUCAUCGUCUGGUUGAAUCGAGUGCCUUAAAAAAAGCCAUUGAGACCGUUUAUGCUGCAUACCUUCCCAAGAACUCUCACCCAUUUCUAUAUCUCAGCCUGGAGAUUGCCCCUCAUAACAUCGACGUGAAUGUCCACCCUACCAAACACGAGGUGCACUUCCUCCACGAAGACUGUAUCAUCGAGAGCGUUCAAAAACAGAUAGAGAGCAAACUCCUGGGCUCCAACUCCUCACGCACGUACUUCACACAGACAUUGUUGCCUGGGCUGUCUGUCUCCACCAGCGAGGGGAAGUCUUCCUCCAACUCUACAGGGGACAGUGAGCGGGUCUCCCAUCAGAUGGUCAGGACCGACAGUAGAGCCCAAAAGCUGGACGCCUUUCUCCAGCCGGCGUCCAAGCUGGCCCCUACUCCCGCCGCCAACCCUAAUGGGCAGAGCAGGGGGGAACCUGUGACCACCAAUGGCAUAGAAGAGAUGGACAACGCAGAGAUCCUGGAGGAACAGGCGCCAGGUGCCACAGAGGAUGGGGAGGGAACCAGCCGAAAUACCCCAGCUGAUCUCCCCAGGAAGCGUCCCCGUGCCGGUCAGGACGAGGAGCAGGAGGACCUGACUGCUGCAGCCACAACCAGGAGACGAGCCAUCAAGCUGAGCAGUGUGAAGGAGCUGAGAGAUGACAUCGCUGAGCACGCACACAAAGGUCUUCAAGAGAUGCUUCAGAAUCACUCGUUUGUGGGCUGUGUCAACCCCCAGUGGACUCUGAUCCAGCACCAUACCAAACUGUACCUUCUCAACACCACCAAACUCAGCCGGGAGCUAUUCUACCAAAUUUUGAUCUACGACUUCGGUAACUUUGGCAUCUUGAGGUUAUCUGAGCCUGCGCCACUCUAUGACCUGGCCAUGCUGGCUCUGGACUCCGAGGAGAGCGGCUGGUCGGAGGAGGACGGGCCCAAGGAGGGUCUGGCCCAAUACAUAGUCGACUUCUUGAAGAAGAAAUCUGAGAUGCUGGAGGACUACUUCUCCAUGGAGAUCGACCAGGAAGGAAAUCUCACCGGUUUGCCAUUGCUGCUUGACAAGUACACCCCUCCUAUGGAGGGUCUGCCCAUGUUCAUCCUACGUUUGGCUACUGAGGUGAACUGGGACAAUGAGAAGGACUGCUUCAGAGACUUCAGCAAGGAGUGCAGCCAGUUCUACUCUAUCAGGAAACAGUAUGUCCUGGAGCUGGAGCCGGGAGAGGAGGAGCAGGGUGCAGAGCUGAACUCGUGGCGUUGGAAGGUGGAGCAUCUCCUGUUUAAAUCCUUCCGGAGCCUCUUCAGUCCCCCUAAACACUUCAGUGAGGAUGGCAGCGUACUCCAGAUUGCUAAUCUACCAGACCUCUACAAAGUAUUUGAGCGAUGCUAAGACAUGAGAAACACUGUCCAUGGGCUGCAUGUCUGUUUCGGGAAACCAUUUGAUAUACAGUUGAAGUCGGAAGUUUACAUACACCUUAGCCAAAUACAUUAACUCAGUUUUUCACAGUUCCUGACAUUUAAUCCUAGUAAAAAUCCGUUUUAGGUCAGUUAGGAUUACCACUUUAUUUUAAGAAUGUGAAAUGUCAGAAUAAUAGUGUAGAGUGAUUUACUUUUUCCUCACAUUCCCAGUGGGUCAGAAGUUUACAUAAACAAUUUAAAGGUAAUUCUAAUUGAGUGUAACUUGGUUCAAAUGUUUCAGCUAGCCUUCCACAAGCUUCCCACAAUAAAUUGGAUGAAUAUUGGGUUAUUCCUCCUGACAGAGCUGGUGUUACUGAGUCAGGUUUGUAGGCCUCCUUGCUCGCACAUCCUUUCUCAGUUCUGCCCACAAAUUUUCUAUGGGAUUGAGGUCAGGUCUUUGAUGGCCACUCCAAUACCUUGACUUUGUUGUCCUUAAGCCAUUUUGCCACAACUUUGGAAGUAUGCUUGGGGUUAUUGUCCAUUUGGAAGACCCAUUUGCGACCAAGCUUUGACUGAUGUCGCUUCAAUAUAUCCACACAAUUUUCCUACCUCAUGAUGUAAUCUAUUUUGUGAAGUGCACCAGUCCGUUCUGCAGCAAAGCACCCCCACAACAUGUUGCCAGCCCCGUGCUUCACGGUUGGAAUGGUGUUCUUCGGCUUGCAAGCCUCCCCCUUUUUCUUCCAAACGGUUCCAUUUUUGUUUCAUCAGACCAGAGUACUUUUUGGAGAAAUGUCCUAUCUUUGUCCCCAUGUGCAGUUGCAAACUGUAGUCUGUCUCUUUUUAAGGCGGUUUUGGAGCAGUGGGUUCUUCCUUGCUGAGCAGCCUUUCAAUUAAUGUGGAUAUAGAUACUUUUGUACCCGUUUCCUCCAGCAUCUUCACAAGGUCCUUUGCUGUUGUUCUGGUAAUGAUUCUCGCACAAAAUUACAUUCAUCUCUAGGAGACAGAACACAUCUCCUUGCUGCGUGGUCUCAUGGUGUUUAUACUUGCGUACUAUUGUUUGUACAGAUGAAAUUGCUCCCAAGGAUGAACCAGACUUGUAGAGAUCUACAAAAAAAAGAGGUAUUUUGAUUUUCCCAUGUCAAGCAAGGAGGCACACCUCCAAAUGAUGUCAAUUAGCCUAUCAGAAGCUUCUAAAGCCAUGACCACAUUUUCUGGAAUUUUCCAAGCUGUUUAAAGGCACAAGCAACUUAGUGUAUGUAAACUUCUGACCCACUGGAAUUGUGAAUUAAUGUCUGAAAACUGCCUUGUCAUGCAAAGUAGAUGUUCUAACAGACUUGCCAAAACCACUCUAACCUAUGUAAACUUAUAUGUACUGUACAAACCCUCAUCUUCCAAGUUGUUUAGGUGGUGGGAGCUCUAACCAUUUACUUUUACAGAGUGGAUUGAGGUGCUUGCGUAUAAUUCAAGAGGUAACAAAAGUAAACAAAGGGCAGUGUAAAUCUGUUAAGAGUUUAUUCAAUGCGAUAGCUGCCCCAGACACAAUCACUGUGUGGUCCUGAGACUUGAAACUGCUUGGCUUUCAAAGCAGCGAACACUGUUUGAGAAGUGGUAUGUAGUGCUGUCUUCUGAUGUACCCCAAAUAAAGAACCUCAAACCAUCACUCUUACAAAUGGAAUUCAAUGUGCCAUAACCCAUGCAAAAAAAAUUAACAAAUCUACCUUGUAUUUACAGUUCUGACAUUUACACUUAUUGCCAAGAAAUCUUUAAAUAUUUGAGAAACCUCUGCAGACAAUUGGUUCUAUAUAUAUUUCAUUAAAUCAUGACUGCACCUUUAAAUACAUAAUUCUGUACCAGUUAUUGUUUUGAAUUGUUUGGUUAAUGCAAAACCCUCAGUCUCCAGGUGUGAGAAGGCACUUCACUGUGUGAGGGAUUAUGGAUAGGUGCACGGCCAGAGAGCAGCCGUAAGGGUUAAAAAGCGCCAUUAUACUCAUUCAUGCAACUUAUUAAAAAAAAAUUAUAAUAGCCAAGCACCCAGCAGUACAACCUUGUGAAUAACAUGUAGUACAAAGCUUUGAAAAAUAAAGUAAUGAGUCAAAUUUUCCUUAGAUUCAUCACCUCCCCCUUAGUAACUAUGGUUUAAUAGGUUGAGUCUCCCUUCCGAAGACGCUGGUGCACAAACCAAUGCUAAUCCUUUAUUUAAAAAAAAAAACAAA